AUGGACCAUACAUUCAUAACUAUCCAUAACCUGUCUCAGGACGCUAUCAUCCUCUUUGCGUCUGCCUCUGUAGCUGACAUCCUAGGCUACUCCGCGGAAGAAAUCGAGAACAAGUCAUGCUUCGAAUUUUUCAUCCAGACGAAAUCCCAUUCGCUCGCUCAGUCCACAGCCGUGGGGUUCUUCUCGACAAGGCUGCCGUUCUACAUUAUUGUCGAAUACGAGCGCGUGAUGGGAGGACGUGCGAUUGAGGCCCCUCAAAUACGCCGUCUCUUCUCCUGUUCUCCGCGAGACCCUCGAUACCAUAUGCUGGAACACCUUUCACCUAAAUUCAAGAUGCCCCCAAUGGAAAGGGAGCCGAGAGCGGCUUUGAUCCUGAAUCGAUUUACGAGAACCCACACAAUCAUGUUUGCAACCAAUGCCGUGUCAACAAUCCUCGGUGUGGAACCUGAGCACAUGAAGGAUAAGAGUUUUUAUGAAUGCAUUCAGGAGAACUGCUUAGCAGAUGCUGUUCGGUGUCUAGAGAGUGCAAAGGCCAACGAUUCUAUAGCCUACCUUCGCUUUUGGUAUCGAGAUCCUCGAAGAGCGGAGGAUUUUAUGAUUGAUCAAGUCGAUGACGUGCUAAAUAGCGACGAUGUUGUCGGCAGCAGUCGGGCGACGCUAUUAGGUUACCGAAGCCUCGACUUUGCGCAGCGGCCCUGGGUGGACCCAGAUGAUGCCGACUUGGAUGAUCUGGAUGAUCCUCUCUCCCGUCAGCCUAUCGCAGGAUCAAUUUCGCACCAGUCUAUUGACCAACAUUAUCUCACAUCACGUAUCGUCGGUGAGGAUCGUCGCGCACCACAAAACACCAUUGACGAAUCCGUCUGGGCCACCCUCCACCGUGAUUUAAUUGCUGUAUGGCAAAAGAUGCGUGAGGUUCUUUAUCCGCGGCAUUUGCUCAUGGGAACUAUGUUCGAAAACGGUGAAGUGUUUCGAGGCGCGUAUCAAAACUUACGGACUGGUGGAAUUUCUGGGGCUCGGAGUGAACUAGCAGGGUUUGCUGGCCGAGUCAUGGACACCGAGGCGCUUCUACAGCAGGGAAAUAUGCCUUCGGGUCUCAAAGAUUGGGAUCUUUGGGGUCCUCUUAUAUUUUGUCUGCUCCUAAGCGUGCUUCUCAGUUUCAACGCCCGAUCUGAUCAGCGAGAUCUUGUGUUCAGCGGGGUCUUCGCUCUUGUGUGGAUCGGAGAGGCUGUGGUAACCCUACAGAUCAGGCUUCUGGGUGGGAAUAUUUCGUUUGCGCAAAGUGUAUACCUCUACGUCGCUCUCAGGUGCCCCGAAUGGUCUUGUUCACCAAUUGCGAAGGAUGAGCGAAACGAGGCACCCUUUGUGCCGGGAUUCGUGGAGGCGAGGGUCAUGAAAGGUGAAGAAUUACUGGACUGGGAGAAGUUCAAGCUCGGCUUCGCGGUACCGACACUGGAAAAUGACACCUUUGAGGAAGCGCCACCAAACGAAGAGCCUUGUAGAGAAGCACCUAGGGCCCCAAAGGGUGAUGCAACCGAAGUCAGCUUUGAGAAGCCGGAGCUUGCGAAGGCGGAUGGCCUUCACUUGAGUCCCAGCUUCAAUAGCAUCAAAACCGCCGUCGAAAGCCACAUUGGCCGGACACUCGCCAUCAAGGAGGUAGCCGCAGUUGUGGCACCUGCCGGUAUCAGCAACAUUACCAUUAAACCGGAAAAUAUCUUGCCAAACGAGCAGCAGUGGAGGAGCCUUUUCCAACACCUGAAGUAUGUUGUGGACGGGGUAUGCAAGCGCAUCUACGAGAGUGCUCGCGUACCGUGGGGUUACACUGCUCAUGAUCGUCGCAAAAUCGAACGCGAUAUGUUCGAGGGGUCUCUCCUUGGCAUCAUAGCUACGACGGCCCUAGAAUUAGGCAUCGACAUCGGAAGCCUGGACUGUGUCCUAAUAUGGGGUUCCCCUACACUGUUUCACACCUGCGGCAACAAAGCGGCAGAGCCGGACGGCGAAAUGGAGAUGCGAUCUCGAUAUUAUUGGGAUAUCAAGUCUCUUAGUCUACACAAAUACCUGUCUGAAGUCAUCUCCGCCUGCUACGAUGGUCUUUGCAAGCUAAAGUCUCCUCUCGAAGUUGAAGCCGGUGUUGAGAUUGUGAGUGCGUUUCAUCAGAGAUUUGGCCCAGACGAGUUCACCAGACAAAUCGGUUGGCUAUUAGGAAAAGGGCUUGCCACGCCUGAUAGGAACGCACUUAAAUCCCUUACGCAGGAUAUGCGUGAAAAGGAAGAAAAGGAUCGCGUGGCUCGCCAACGCGUUCUUCUCCGCGUUGUCACGGAGCUGUGGCUGGUUGGUGUUUUGAAGACCGUGGACGACACCUCUCGGCCUGAUGAGGGAACUAAGACGGUAGGCAUCAAACCUACCGAAUCGAAACAAAGAGGCACAAUCAAUAAACUGGGGGAAACUGAGCCUUUCCCGCUUGAGGUCUUGAAGGACCUUCUUGGCCAUGACCGGGAACAUGCUAAUUUACCCCUGCUUGUGAGCUUCGUCAAAACCUUCAGCUGGGACAUCCUAGGAGUUCAGCCACUUAGUAUCGAAGGGCGUAGAGUGAUGGAAGACGAUGGGAAUUCCAGGGACGGUUCUGCGACGUCGGAAGUCCCCAAUGCACAAAAUGUUGAGCCUGGGACCCUCGAUGAGCCUUUCGCUUCUGCUGAGAUCCGUGAUGCCUUCAAGUCUGUCCUGGUCCGUUACUUCGAGGAUGUCAAGCGGCAUAUGACUCAUAAUCAUCAGUUGCUCCAGGACCAAGCAAAGAAAAAUGCAGAGGCUUACGUUAAAUCAGGGGAAGUAUUUGAGGAUCGUCAAGCCGCCUACGAGAAACACGUGAAGGCGCAAGAGCGCUUAAUCUCUAAUUCUCAGAUCAUUGCAGAUGCCGUCGGCUGCGACAUGCCGGACCUCAAAGAUAGGGAGGAGAGCAGUCAGACGGUUACAGGUAGCAUUGGGUUGGUCAAGGCUGGCGAAUACCUUCGUUCUCUUGGCGACGGUGCUGGAAUAUGGUAUGACGAAGACGAGCGCCGCUUCUAUGAAAACCUUGUCGAUCUCAAGGGGAAAGUUCCGGCCAUCCUACUCGAAGACGGCAGAAAGCGACGCGCCGAGAUUGAGGAUCUGCCAGGCAAGAAGUCUGAACAACCUGAGAGCGUCGCGGCGGGGAAGAUCGGCGAAAGCUUGGAUGAUCUAUCCAUCUCCAUAGGAAAUAGAACGAUCGGUGCUCAAGUCGAUGUGCUAUUGACUCGCCUUCCAGAUCUAAUCAGCAAAGAUUCUGUCGACCAAUCAGCCAUAGACUUCUGCUUCUUAAACUCGAAGGCCUCUCGGAACCGUCUUGUCAAAGCUUUGACAGAAGUACCAAAGGGCCGAAACGAUCUCCUUCCGUGCUGGUCAAGGCUGAUCGCUACACUUGGCCAAUAUAUGCCGGACAUUCCGAAGGGCGUCGUGGAUUACUUAGAUGCCGAGUUUCGAAGUCUUCAACGACGCAAGGAGAAGGACUUCCUAGGCCAAGUUCGACUAAACAACAUCAGGUACUUGGCAGAACUCACAAAAUUUAGUAUCGUGCCUGAGCACGUAAUCUUUCACUGCCUAAAACGAAAGAAAUCAGUUCAGCAUCUUGGCCAGCCUGAACGUAUGCUCAUUGAAAACGCAAUGUACCAUGUCAACCCGCCCGUCCGACCAGCCAUUGAACAAAAGGAGAGGACUCCCAUGGAACUUUUCAUCCGAAAAUUGAUUUAUGUUGAAAUGAAUCGAAGGAACUACACGAAGAUCCUCAAACAAAUCAGACGACUCCAUUGGGAAGAACCCGAGGUUGUCCGAAUGCUUGACAAGGUCGCUCUUUAUCGCUACCACCCCUCGUUUGUUGUUGGCGUUGUCAAUCGGGUGCUAGAGUCUAUCUCGUUUGGACUUGAGCAGAACGACUUCAAAUUCUACCAGAGGCGGAUCGCCGAUGUUCGUUUCUUAGGUGAACUUUACAACUAUCGUAUGCUAGAACAUCCAGUUAUCUUCGACACUAUGUACAGGAUUUUGACCUUCGGCUACGCUUCCAAUAUAGAAGAGGCGAUGGUUGCUCUUCAGUCUGCCCUAGCUGAGCAGCAAACGACGCUAGCUAAUGACCGAGCUACCGAGAUAGAAGAGAGGAGUUCAACCGAUGACUCUGAUGAUGAUAAUGUUGACGCAGAAUUGCCGGACGUCGACGGUGACUUGUACCCUUCAUUCAGCGAAGGCGAAGAUCUCGAGAACCCCCAGGAAGCAUUUAACUCAUCCACGGAAUCCGACUUCGAAGAGGAAGCAAUUGUUGUCACUCGCCAGGAGGAGGAGGUAGAUCCGGAAGAUGCCGCUGAGUUUGAACGCGAGUUCGGCCGGGUGAUGACUGAAAGCCUAGAAUCCCGAAAGUUCGAACGCAAACCCCAGUUUGAUGUACCAACCCGUACAGUCGAACUUCCCUCUGAUUCUGGUUUUGCGGUUGCUAUGAGGAACCAGCAACAAGCAGAAAGAGAAGAACAACAGCGGAUCAAGAAUCUUGUUUUGAAUUAUGAGAUUAGGGAAAAUGAAGAUCAGGAUUAUUAUCUUGUCCUCACGUUUACUUCAGCUCGAGGCUCCAAAAUGAGUGUCGUAGGUAUUGACUUCGGUACCUUGAAGACCGUUAUCGCGGUGGCUAGGAAUCGCGGUGUUGAUGUGAUAGCCAACGAGGUCUCAAAUCGCGCAACCCCUUCCCUCGUUGCCUUCGGUCCCAAGUCCCGUUUCCUCGGAGAGGCGGCUAAAACUCAAGAAAUCACCAACCUGAAGAAUACAGUUGGUUGUCUGAAGCGUCUUGCUGGUCGGUCUGCGAAGGACCCUGAUGUUGAGGUUGAGCAGCAAUUUAUCACGCCUGCUAUCAUCGAUGUCAACGGGCAAGCCGGUGUUGAGGUGACAUAUUGCGGUGAGAAGGAAAAGUUCAGCGCUACUCAACUCAUUGCCAUGUUCCUUGGCAAGAUCAAGCAGACCGCAGCGGCAGAAUUGAAGCUUCCAGUUUCAGAUGUCGUAAUGAGUGUACCAGCCUGGUUCACUGAUAUCCAGCGACGAAGCCUAAUUGACGCGGCCGAGAUUUCUGGCCUGAAGUUGCUUCGGCUGAUCAACGACACAACGGCCGCAGCCCUAGGCUACGGUAUUACAAAACUUGACCUUCCAACAGCAGAGGAAAGGCCCAGGCGUGUUGCUUUUGUGGAUGUUGGAGACAGCACAUACACUUGUUCUAUUGUUGAAUUUCGAAAAGGUGAAUUAUCUGUGAAAUCAACAGCCUAUGACCGUCAUUUUGGUGGACGAGACUUCGACAAGGCCCUGGUCGAUCACCUCGCCAAAGAGUUUAAUGGCAAGUACAAGCUGGAUAUUUUCAGCAAUCCUCGUGCUACCGCUAGAGUCCUUGCGGCUGCAGAGAAAACGAAGAAGAUACUCUCUGCGAACCAAUCUGCGCCCGUUAACAUCGAGUCAUUGAUGAAUGAUAUCGACGUAUCUGCGGUAAUUAGUCGGCAGGAGUUUGAAGCAAUGGUGGUGUACCUUCUUGACAGGGUCCAAGCUCCUCUCGAACAGGCCCUCGCCGACGCUAAACUUAAGAAGGAGGAUAUCGAUUAUAUCGAGAUGCUGGGUGGGGGUAGUCGGGUCCCGGCCUUGAAGGAGAAGAUUCAGGAAUUCUUUGGAAAGCCUCUCUCCUUCACCUUGAACCAGGAUGAAGCCGUUGCCCGCGGCUGCGCGUUCAAUUGCGCUAUUCUUUCUCCUGUGUUUCGCGUUCGCGACUUUGCCGUCCAGGAUAUCGUCAAUUAUCCUAUCGAAUUUGCAUGGGAGAAGGCCCCAGAUAUCCCGGACGAAGACACAAGCCUCACAGUCUUCGGAAAGGGCAAUGUGUUGCCCUCCACGAAGAUUUUAACCUUCUAUAGGAAGCAGCCCUUUGACCUAGAGGCGCGCUAUGCGAAACCAGACGAACUUCCAGGCAAAACAGCGCCAUGGAUUGGCCGGUUUUCCGUCAAGGGCGUGAAAGCCGAUGAGAAAGACGACUUCAUGAUUUGCAAGCUUAAGGCGCGAGUUAACAUCCACGGUGUCCUCAACGUGGAAAGUGGUUACUACGUGGAAGACCAGGAGGUGGAGGAAGAAAUUAAGGAUGAGGAAAAGAAAGAUGAUGCUGACAAAAGGACCCGGACGACUCGGAAAGUAAAGAAGCAGGUUCGCAAGGGCGAUUUGCCCAUUGUUAGUGGCACAAACUCAUUAGACUCGAGUCUCAAAUCUGCAUUCGAGGAAAAGGAGGCACAGAUGUUGGCAGAAGACAAAUUGGUUGCUGUAACUGAAGAAAAGAAAAACGAGCUCGAGGCAUACAUCUACGAGCUACGCAACAAGCUGGACGACCAGUAUGCUGAUUUCGCGAGCGACGAUGAGAAGUCAAAGAUACGUGCUAAGCUUGACACAACAGAGGAUUGGCUCUAUGACGAGGGCGAUGAUACGACCAAGGGUGUGUAUAUCGCCAAAAUUGACGAACUACGAGCCCUAGCCGGACCCAUAGUUCAGCGUCAUUUUGAAAAGGUCGAGGCGGAGAGAGUUGCUGAACAGGAACGGAUUGAGGCCAAACGUUUGGUUGAAGAAGAGGCACGGAAAGCUGCGGAAGCUGAGCGAGCGGCCAACCUCAAAGAUGAGGAAAUGACAGAUGCAGAAGCUCCCAGGCCCGAUGCCGACGAAGAGCCUAGCUCAAAGUAG